CGAGCAAUGUCGUGUUUUAGGGCUUAGUCAAAGCGUUGUGUUGUUCUUGAAUCAGUAAAACAUUAUUUACUCUUACAUUAGGUCGACUAUCGUGCAGGCUAAUGUCCGUACGUAAAUAACUUGCUGGCGAUCCUAGCGAUGCGCAUGCGCAGUUGUGAGGGGGCGCACUAUCUUGCUGCUGUGUCCUCUCUUUGGCAGCUCCCAGCCAGUCCUCUCAUGUUCACACUGGUACUACUGUGAAGCUUCACAUAAACACAGAGGGACACACAAUGCUCAGCUGGUUGGACCGCGAACAGGGCCCAUAACUUCGUGUCAGUUUCAGCCUUCUUUGGUUAAUAUGCUGUAUUUUUCUUCUUGAAUGUAUAUCAACCACUACAGCCAAACAAUGAGAGGCAUCCUGAAGCGAAAGUUUUCAGAGGUAGAUGACAAUCCCUGCUACUCCUCCUCCUCCUCCUCCUCUUCUCCGUCCUCCCUCUCCUCCCCUGCCUCCUCAGAGUGGGAGUCUGACGGGGAGAGCAGCUUCUCAGACAACCAGGAAUUUACACCGCACAGCCCUUCUUCAACCACCAGUUUACCCAUUCAGUCCAUCCUGAAGAGGCCCAAGCUUGCAGGCACACAGAGCAACGUGCGCUUUGACCAAGUGUCGGUGUUCAGUUUCCCUCGCUGCCAGGGCUUCACCAGCGUGCCCAGCCGCGGAGGUGCCACCCUGGGCAUGAUGUGGAGGCACAGCAGCCUCGAAAAAUACACAGUGGCAGAGCAUGCACUGCAGCAACGGCACAGGCGGAGAGAGAGGCUCAGAGAGAGACGGAGAGAAGAGAGGCUUGAGGCGUUGAAACACAGAGCCAUUGACCAGAGAGAAGCAGACAGGCUCACAGCGGAUCAAAUCCUUGAAGAAGACACUGACGUCCACGUCAGUGAUGCUGAGCUGGAGGAUGGAAGUUUCCUUCAGCCGUACUCCUCCAAACAGCGACAGGCUCUCCUGCAGGCAGCAGGGGUGAAGCGUAUAGACAGAGAGGAGAAGAGGCAGCUUCACGCCCUGCGUCUGUCCAGAGAGGACUGUGGAUGUGACUGCCAAGGCUUUUGUGAGCCAGAAACCUGUGCAUGCAGUCUGGCAGGAAUCAAGUGUCAGGUGGACCGCUUAAACUUCCCAUGUGGCUGCACUAAGGACGGUUGUGGAAACACUCAGGGGCGCAUCGAGUUCAACUCCAAACGUGUGCAGACUCAUUACAUCCACACCGCCAUGAGACUUGAACUGGAGAUGCGACUGCAAGAUAAAACAAGUAGCCAAGAGGACCAGUCCGGACUUCCAGAGGACCUUCAAGAGUAUGCGGACCAGGAUGAGACCCAUUCGGUGCAAGGUACACAGGACAAGAGCUGCCCCUUUGGGUUCACCAUGGAAGAAGAUGGUCUUCCUCUCACCAUGCCCACCACUCCUUCCUUUCAUUUCAUCCCAGAGCGGUUGGUGGUGGAGGAGAACAGCUGCAGCAGCGACAUGACUGAAUCCUCUUGUUCCUCCUCUGACUCUGAUGCAGGAGGAUGCCUUAAUGGGAGUCAGAAUCUCCCUGAAGUUGAUGCAGGUUUGUCACGUGCCCUCAGCAUCUGUGACAAUGAUAACUACUCUACAUGCAGCCAACUGAGGCACACGGGUGAAGCAGUGACGCAGUAUAGCAACAACUGUGCCACUUACAGCACACCUACUGACAAUCUGGGACCACUGUCAGCCAACACAUUCACAGACAAUAUAAACAGGACCUCACUGACAGAUUAUCUUGAUGAGAAUGCAAACCAAGCGAGAGACUUCUUUGACGAAGACUCUCUUGAGGGCUUCCCCAACACUCCCUCUCCAACUGUGGACUACUCCUUAGGCAGGUACAUGGACCUGAGUCUCUCCUCUGACUCCGAUCUUGAGUUCUUUGACAGUGACUACACAUCUGGUCCUCUGCACAGCUCUUUCAAAGUACACAGACAUCUGGACACCUUUUGCCAUCUCCAGCUGUUUAGCUCUGUUAAUUUGCCAUCGUACGAGUCGAGUACCUACCUCCUGGAGUCUCUGAUCGGCCUGACUGAACCGAGCACAGAGCAGAGUUAUGCAGUCAGCGAUACCCAGCUUUAAUAGCUAAUUCAAGGCAUUCUAGUGACAUAACAAGACACUGUGGAAGAAAAUUUAAUGUAUAAAGCACUGCUUUUAUGUAUUUGUAAGAAUAUUUCAAUGUACAAAGAAUCAUUGAUGAAAUAUGUUUUUCCUAGCUGGAUAUAUUUUCUAUUGCCUAAAAAUAAUUUUGCCUUUGUUUCAGAGAAACCACACUAAUUAAUAUAUAUCUUGUUUUUUUUAAUUCUGAACCUAUAUAAUGAUCUCUGACAAGUUAUUUAAUAUCUUAUACCAUGGCCACAGAGAAUAUUUCAGCUGAACGGUGGGCAUGCGUUUUUUUCAUUGAAGCAGCCUCAUCGCUCAUUGCAAGUUCAAACCCACAGAUAUCAAAAAUGGUGGCCAUGGUAUAAGCAGGAUAAUCCACUUUGAUGCAUGCAGUAAUAAAAAAAUAACACUCCUUUAUUUUCAGCCUACAGGUUGUGAAUUGUUUUUUUUUAAAUCUGCACUCUUGGGAUUAUCCUGUAUAUGCAUAACAAUAUGUUUAGAAUAUUUCUGUACUGGAGUAAUAAAAUAAAACAUUUUUAUUUAUUUA